AUGAUAGCUGUGUUAGUAACAGCCCACAGUAUGAAAGGUUCCCGUGAAGCGAACGAGCAGCUGCUCUGUUUUUAUUCGUUCUUGGUUCCCACACACGUCUCAUAGCAGGAGAGCGCGUUCCCCGCCGUCACUGUGAGCAGUGCUGCUCAGAGGAAUCACUCAACUCAGAUGGGUCAGGCACUGUGGAGGCUGCCUCCCAGACAACAGCAGCAGCUUCAGGAAGAGCUUGCCGACCGACUGGCUGACCGAGGAGGACGACGAGAACAAGGGAGAGAUGGAGGUCCUCAGAGACGAGCUCCCCAGCACUGUUAUGGCCCUGACAUCUACCAUCUGCUAAGAACGCGCAUGGGAGGUAAAGAACAGCAUGGUUUUAUAGAUUUAGAGAUGUUGCCACCUGAAUUAGGCAUCACCAUACUGUCAUACCUGAAUGCUACUGAUCUGUGCCUGGCUGGCUGUGUGUGGCAGGACUUGGGAAAUGAUGAAUAUCUAUGGCAGGGGCUGUGUAAGUCCACAUGGGGGCACUGCUCCAUCUACAACAGAAGACUACCUGCUGGUUUCUCAUAUAGAAGACUCUACCUACAACUGGAUGAAGGCAGUCUGACAUUCAAUGCUAACCCACAGGAGGGUAUCAGUUAUUUCAUGUCUAAAGGUAUACUAGUUGAUCAUCCGACCGAGCUGGCUAAGUUCAUCUUUUACACCAGACGGCUCAACUGGAAGAUGCUGAGGAUUUACCUGGAUGAGAGGCGGGAUGUCCUGGACGAGUUGGUGACCCUCCAUAACUUCAGUAAUCAGUUUCUUCCCAAUGCUCUGCGGGAUUUCUUCAGGCACAUCCAUGCACCAGAGGAGAGAGGAGAGUAUCUGGAAACCCUCAUCACCAAGUUCAGCCACAGGUUUUGUGCCUGUAAUCCUGGUCUUGUCCGAGAGCUGGGUCUCAGUCCUGAUGCUGUGUAUGUGCUGUGCUACAGUCUGAUUCUGCUGUCCAUUGACCUGACCAGCCCCCACGUCAAAAACAAAAUGUCCAAGAGGGAGUUUAUCAGGAACACUCGCCGAGCAGCACACAAUGUCUCAGAUGACUUCGUCGGCCACCUCUAUGACAACAUAUACCUGAUUGGUCAUGUGGCUGCGUAGCUCCACCUAUUAGCCAUCCAGUAGAAAUCCUCAUAUAGCACUGAAAACAGAAAUCAGUGAUUCAGUUCCUUUUCAUGUCUGGAGAGAACAUUGUGGAAAUGGAUUUUCACGUCCUUCAAGAAAUAUAACAAGAAAUAAAUCUUACUAGAAAGAUUAGAAAAACUAAUGAAAAUCACCACUGCACUGUGAGAGAAACUGUGGUACCAAAUAUUAGUGAUGUUAUUAGAUUUGAAUCAAAGGUGUGAAAAACCUAAAAUGUUUUGAAAACCAAGUCACUGUAAAGAGCGUUUUUAAGUGGUACCAUGAAGACGAGCUCUGAUACUGCACUGAACAAUAGGUACUACUGAAGGAGGAGGAGCAGCGCUCUCAGCUUGCCUCAGAUGUUGGGACAGUCAUGCAGAUUGCGGCGUCACUUUGGACAAACACUGGUCUAUGCAUCUAGGAAAUGAUACAAGGGACGUUGACACAAAAUCACUCACUAAUAUAAGCAGUAGCAGUUACCAGGGUAACUAAUGACAAAGAUACAUUGAAGAUACUCUGCCAAUCAGUCAACCAUGAGAAACUGUCUAAGUGUCCAGAUGCAAAUGCAACAAGACGUUGAGUUUUUGUUUUCUUUUUCUUUUUAUGAGUAAAAUGAACAAGACAACAUCACAUUGGGCUUCUUCUUCUCCUAAAUCUCUUUUUAUUUUUUGCUUGUUUGAGUGUUCCAAGACUGAUUCACCAAACUCUAUGAACAGCAGAGAGUGUAACGCACUUAUGAGAUUUGAUCAUUAUUUGAGUUUUUGUCCAGAUUGUGAUAAAAAUGAAUGUAUUAAACAUGAAAUUAGAGAAAUGUUUGGAGAUGACACAUGAGCUCAGCAGCUUGUAUGUAAUGCUGCUUUUUGAAAAAAACAGAAAUUUGAAAGUCUAAAGAGAGUUUGGUGAUCGAUGUAAUUUUGCCAUCAUUAUCAAGGAACUGGGGAGAAAAAGGCCAUGUUCAAGAUCUACUGUGGAGAAUCUAAGUGGCAUCUAGUGGUCAAGUUGCAGAUUACAACCAGCAGAAUACCCCUCACCACUGCCUUCCUUCCAAGUGUGAAGAGAGUCAGUGGGUUACUGUAGAAACAUGGUGGGGCAACAUAGCAGGCUAUGUUAAAAAAACAUAAUAAUUCUUAUUUUCAGGCGAUUCUACACUAAUGAAAACAUAAUUAUGAUAUAUAUAUAUAUGAAAUUACAUUUAUGCCAUAUUCUGUAACUAGAGUCCCCUAAAUCUGACACCUUUUAAUAGUUGACACUGGACCUUUCCAUCUAGUCAUUCUUUCAUUGUGGCUUUUUAAAAUGAUCAUGGAAGGACAGAACCACUGUCUGGAGUGCUGAUGACAUAUAAUUUCAUAGUUUUGCACAAUGCACAUGUAUUUACCGGCAUUUACCACAAGUUUAGCUUUAGUUCCCACAGUCAUAAUCAACUGUUUUUAACAUUCGCUGGCAAAAGAGAUGCUCUAUAUAAUAUAUAUUAGUACAAAUAUUUAUAUGUAACACUAUAUUUAGCUGUGUGGCUAAAAUCAAUUUGUCAUUUAAAGUAAUGGACUACAUUUACUAGUACAGGAAUAUGUCAGAGCUGUUAGGGCAACAGUACAGUGAAGAAGAUGUGUCUGACUGGCCUCUAUAAGCCAGCUGGGGAAAUUAAAUUGUAUAAAUUGAUAUUGAUUACUUCAAUCAGUCUAAUACAUGCAAUAUUUCCAGCUAUUGCUUUCUUGAAAGUAAACCAGUCUAACAGCUGAAGCCUGUCAGACCUGAAUGCAGCAUGGCAGUCACUCUGUGUCCAGUAGCUAAUAUGUAGCCGCAGCAAACAGUGAAAUGUCACAGUGAAGCAGUUUUGUACUUUUGAAAAUGAAGGGACUUUGUGUCAGCUGGUUACAUUUAUUUAUUUGAUCAAUUGGCUUCUAUCAAAAUAAAUUGUCCAAACAUGUAUUUGAUUGAUUAUCGCUGAUGAUGCAUGCUGAAUUUUGUAUUAAUUCUGACGAUAAUUGUGAAGGAAAUUCACUUCCUGUAUUGUUUCCUUGUCUUUGAAGACUUUACAAAAUGUACUGAUGAAUUGUUCCAAAUGUUUGACUUAUUAAAUCUGGGCUUGAUUUUA